UCAUCAUAAUGCGAACAUAGAACUUCAACUUCCGUACACACCAACAAAAAAAUGCGCGUUUUAUAAUUUUUAGAUAUUUUUGCAAAUUUUUAAAUUAAGUUAAAUAAAUAAAGAAAAAAAUAAUGUCAUCAACGAGUACAAAUACAUCGUUAGGAUGGAAGAAACCCGACGAACUCAUUCGCCUUCACAGAUUGCAACAGAAGAAGAAGAAACUAACCGCGAGAUUGAACAACAAUCAAAACAAAAUAGAACUUACAGCAAAUGAUAAGGAAAAGCUAUUGGAAGCUGUUGUUGCUCAAAAGCGAAAGAAUCCAUUUGCCAAAUCUUCAGAAACAUCGAAAAAACUCAAAACAAGUGGCCCUGAACUGGUCGAUGAUGAUUCCGUCCUCUCGCUCAUCACAACUCCACCUCUGCCCAAACAGACAGAGACUGUGGUGAAAGAAACUCCUCAGCGUUCUCCACCAGCUAAAUUAACACUCAAACCAUUCGAUCCGAAGGCAUUCUCUGAGCUCUUUAGCAAAGAAACCCAAGAAGAUGACUCCGAGUUAGUGGAGCAGCAAAAAUUCACGAAAAACUUGCCUGUAGAUUGGAGCUUGAAAACAAGAGCGCGCUUUUUCUGUGAGACCGAUAUGCCAGCUACAAAACUGAAGACCAGUCAAGAAGCCAGUGGACUGACGGGCUUCGUUAGAUGCAUCGACACAAGAAACUCCUCGGGUGGUCUGGACAUAUCGCCUGCAGCAAGACUGAAUCAAGCCACGUACUUCUGGCAGCAUCCCCAUUUGCCUUGGCUGACGCUGUUUCCCAGGAAUUCCAAGGACAACAAUGGAAUCCUUAUUAGCGAACGCGAACGAAAAGCCCUUGCCCUCGAUUGGAGUGACAGCUUCCGUGGACUCUUCCAGUUGCUGCGAGCCCGACAGUGUCCUUAUUUCUACCUUUGUGCCAACUCCUUUACGAUACUUUUUCGAGCAGCUGGAAUAGGUGGUCGGGUGGAAAUUCACGCACUCAUGAGCCCUACUUCCAAAGGUAUGCGAUCCUCCCUGCGACAGGAGGGCAUCGAAUUCACUCUGCCGCUAAAGAAAGAAUCUGGACUGAAUAAAUCAGCCGAUGGGAGUUUCAACGAUGGAAAAGGUGACCCACCCGCCGCUGAUGGGACCGAAGCCGAUGCCGACGAUGAUGCCAUCGAAGACGAAGAUGAGCAAUGGCUCGAAAGUCUGGGAAUGGACGAGAAGGAGAUUCAGAAGAUCAACAAUGCCCACGCCAGACAACUGCAGUACAAGGAGAUGGCCGACGAUUUCAGUGACAUCUCCUUGGCGCUCAUCGAAGGUAUCGAGUGUCAGGCGUUCUUUAACUUUCUGCUCAAUGCCAAGAGCACAAUUACCAGCGUGGGUCGUUUGGCAGGUGUUCCACCGACCCUACUAGCGCCCGUCGCAUUCCCUAAGGCUACCAUCGAAAGUCUCAGCUCAAGGUCCAGCAAAGUGAGAAUGGACGGAGUGGAUUACUUUAGCGUUGAAUUGAAGGGAAUCGUUUUGCCCACAGUCCUGCCAUAUGCUUGCUCAUUGCUCUGCGAGUCAAAGGAGACCUUCAGCGCCACAAUGGCGAGCCAUAUGUCGACUUUAGCUUUCAGCAAAGCCUCAGCUAAACUGACGGAAGCCGUCAAAGUUGAAGACGAGGCGUCGGGAGAGCAGGUUUUUGGCAAAGAGAAUCUCUCAGACUGCGGUCUGCAAACGGAGCUCCUGGAUGCACUUUGCCGAACCGGCGAGAAUUCUGUUGGUCUUAUCGAGAGGGUCUGUUACAAAAAGGAUUUUGGUUAUGCUUGGAGUUGAUUAUGUUAAAUGAUUGUUUAUUUAUUAAAACUUAUUAUGUACUACA